AGUUAAUGUCUAAAUUAAAUAGUAUGCAUUCAUUUUUAUAUUAUAAGCUCAAUCUCAAUAUGGAGCUUAUCAAGGUUAAUUAGGAAUUCAAUAAUCAUUCUAAUAGAAAAAUUAACAUGAGAUUGUUAAUAAGAAUAAAAGUCUGUAAGAGAUGAAGACCGAUUAUGAAAGAGAAUAAGAAAGUAGUGCUAUGUAUUAAAUAUUACGUAUUUUAAAUUAAUUAAUCAAUAAGUUGAAAAAGCAUUAAAAGAAAUUUAACAAUAUAUUAAUAGAUUUGGAUCAUAUAUAAGUACAGAUGAUGAUGAAAAUGAGUUAAAAUAAGAAGCUCCACAUUUGAGAACAGAAUUUACAUGGAAAUAGUUGCAACCUUUGUUAGACUGUUAUGAUGAAUAAAUAUUAGAACAAAAACAUACAGUAUAUAAAUGUUAUAAUAGUAUAGAUUGAGAUAUAAAAAUAAAGCCUAAAUUAAUUAGAUUAAUUAUCAAAACAAUUGGUAGAAGAUAAUUAGAAUCUUAGGGAAUAAUUAGAGAAAAAAUGUGAAAUUAUUUUAAAUAUCUAUUAAAAUGGCACAAUUUAAAAUUAGAUGGCUAAUCUACAUAGUAAAUAUAUAUUUAAAGAAAGAACGGUUAUAAAAAGAUGAUUGGGCAGAGAAAGUAAAAGAACUUUCAUAAGAAAAUCAUACAUUACUAAAAAAUUACAAGGAACUUUUAGGAAAAUUAAAAGAAUUAUAAAGAGAUAGUGAAUUGUAGAAAAAAUAAAUAAAGGAAUUUUAAUAAAGAAAUGAAAAAUUAUCAUCAGAAACUAAUGAACUUAGUAAUUCUAAAUUAGAUUUUAAAAAAAAAUAUGAAGAUUUACUAAACUCUAAUAAAGAUACUGAUAGUAAAUUAAGAGAAGUGAAGAAUUAAUAUAUAAAAUUGUAAUAAGAUAAUACAAAAUUAAUGUUAUAAUAUGAAGAAUUAGAAAAAAAAUAUGAAGCUUUAAAAUAUGAUUCUGAAACUGAAAAAAGGGAUUUUGAAACGUAAAAAGAUAGUUUGAAUUCAGAGAUUACAGAAAAAUUGAGGUAGUUUAGAGAAUUGUAAACAUAAAAUCUUUCGGUUACGAAGGAAAAAGAUUAAAUUUCUUCUGAUUCUAAAAAUUUUAAAACAAAGCUUAAUGAAUUGGAAAAAGAGAACAAAAAAAAAUAGGAUAUAAUAGAUGAACUCAAUAGAAAAAUUGAAAUUAUAUAAAAACGAGAAGAAGAGCUGUAAUUAAUAAUUUAAAUUAAUAGAACUAAAUAAUCAUAGAAAAAAGCUGAUAAAGAAAGCAAACAAACUUUAGAAAUUGAUAAUUUAAAUUCAAUUAAUAGAUAGUAACAAUUAUAAAUUGAUUCCAUGAUUAAAUCACAUUAAACCUAAAUAGAAGCUUUAAAGAAUGAAAGAGAUAAGUUAAUAGAAUAGUAGAAAGUUAAGUAUAAAUAAUCUCUUGAAAACAGUGAUAACGUAAAUUAUAUAUAAAUAUUAGAAAAUAGAAGAAUUAGAACAUCUUUUAAAUCAGAAAGAUAUUUUAACAGAAAAAUUAUAAAAAGAAAAUCAUAGGUUAAAGUAAGAAAAGGAAGAUUUUGAAUAAAAUAUCAAAGUAGAUAAAUAUAAGUUAGAACAUGAAAACAGCAAUUAUAAAUAAAAGAACCAAGAAUUAGAAAAUUAAAUUUAAAAAAGAGAAUAAUAUUAUGAAGAUAAAAUAUAAGGUUUGAGAAUGGAUAAAGAAUAACUUGAACUCCAAGUAAUAUUUUUUUAGAAAAUUAGAAUAAAAAUAUUAAUUAAUUGAUUAAUGAGUUAAAAUAACAAAAUGAAUAAUUGAGAAAAAAAGCUAAUCAAAUUGAAGUUGAAAACUACGAAUUAAAAGAAAAAGUGAAUUAAUAAGGACGUUCAAUGGUUCAAGGGACAAACUCUAAAAUUAUGAAAUCAUAUAUUCCUUAAUGA